CAGGUCGCUGAUCUAGGUGUCAUGUGAUGCAGACGCUCAAGAAGAAGGUGCCUUCUCAAGGUCAAAGAAGGCCGAUAUAGGUCUUUCAAUGGGCAUUUCAGGGACAGAAGUUGCUAAAGAAAGCUCUGACAUUAUAAUCUUGGAUGAUGACUUCACGUCAGUUGUCAAGGUUGUUCGUUGGGGACGAUCUGUCUAUGGUAAUAUCCAGAAAUUCAUUGAGUUCCAGCUCACCGUCAAUGUUGCUGCACUUGUCAUUAAUGUGGUUGCUGCUGUGUCCUCUGGUGAUGUGCCCCUAAAUGUUGUUGAGGUUCAGACAAUUUUCAUCCUUUUUUGUGCAAUUUACUCGAAUGCUGCCAUUGCUUCUUCAUUCAAGAAGUUAGUUGUCAUGUUGCAUGAAACAUCUGCUGAAGUUUGAUA